GCAUAGGCGGAACUCCUCGUGUUUGUUCUCCUUCUUCUCAGCAGCAGUUUGUUGAGUUUGAGAACUGAGCAGCAAACUUGUUUUCCUCUUCAUCCCCCUCGAGACUUCGAUCAGCUCGUGGUCGGAUCGAUCGGAGCCGAUCGGAGCGGAUCGAUGAUUAGAGGAGCGGCUGCCGCGGAGACAUGGCGGGCGUGUGUGUGGUGUGUGUGGUGUGUGUGCUGAGUGUGUUAGUCGGGGCUCACGGUUCAUUGGGCAGAAGUGACCCCGCCCACCUGGACCACCACCAUCACCUGGUUUCAGCCUCAGAUCUGUGUGUGAUUGACAGGCAGCUCUGUCAGGACGAGAACUCUCUGCUGAGCUUCGAGGCGAUCUGCAGCAUCCACGAGCUGAUGGACGACGACGCCGACGGCUCGGUGGACACGACGGAGACGGACGAGUUCCUCAGGGAGGACCUGAUGUACCACGACCCCAAAGCCAAGCACAGCAGCUUCCACCGGGCCGACCUGCACAUCAGCGUAGACGACAUGUGGGCGGCCUGGAAGAGCUCAACGGUGUAUAACUGGACGGUGCAGCAGGUGGAGGACUGGCUGCUCAUCAGUGUGGAGCUUCCUCAGUACGCAGAAACCUUCAGGAAACACCAGCUGGACGGAAAGGCCUUACCCAGGCUGGCGGUGAAGAACACCACCCUGACGGUGUUGGUGUUGAAGGUUUUAGAGAGAAGUCACGCUCAGAAGCUGCAGCUCAAAGCGCUGGACAUCGUGCUGUUUGGACCACCGCCAGCCCGUCACAGCCUCUGCAAGGACCUGGUUCUGGGCGUCUCCGUCCUCAUGGCGCUCGCCGGCUGCUGGUUCGCUUACGUCCAGACCAGGAAGUCCAGAGACGACCUGGGGAGGCUGGUGAAGGACCUGGAGGGUCUGCAGAGGGCCGAGCAGAGCCUGCUGGACCUGCAGGAGAAGCUGCAGAAGGCGCAGGAGGAGCAGCGCUGCGUGCAGGUGGAGAAGGUGAAGGUGGAGGAGGAGCUGCGGAGCGAGAUCGACUCGGCCAAGCAGGAAGCUCAGCGGCUCCGAGAGCUCCGCCGGGGAACGGGGAACGAGAGGAGCCGGCAGAAGUACGCCGAGGAGGACCUGGAUCAGGUGCGCACGGCGCUGAGGAAGGCGGAGAGGGAGCUGGAGUCGCGCGCACACUGGGCGCCGCCGGAGUCUCUGCAGAAGUGGCUGCAGCUGACGCACGAGGUGGAGGUUCAGUACUACAACAUCAAGAAGCAGAGCGCAGAGAAGCAGCUGCUGCAGGCCAGAGAGGGGGCGGAGAAGAUCAAGAAGAAGAGGAGCUCUCUGUUCGGGACGUUCCACGUGGCUCACAGCUCCUCGCUGGACGACGUCGACCACAAGAUCCUGUCGGCCAAACAGGCCCUGGCCGAGGUGACGGCGGCCCUGAGGGAGAAGCUCCACCGCUGGCAGCAGCUCGAGUGCCUGACGGGCUUCUGCCUCGUCAACAACCCGGGUCUGGGAGCGCUGGCCGCCGCCCUCAACCUGGACCCGUCCUUCCUCGGCCUGCGACCUCCGACCCCCCAGCACCUCCUCCUCUCCGACGACCUCGACGACAUGGACGAGGACAUCAUGUCUCCUGGGACGCUGCAGUACGCAGCAUGGCAGAUGGACCGGCGAGUGAGCGACCUCUGGCCCCUGAGUGGCAUCGCUGACACCCAGUCACCAUGGAAGCACUCUGCUCAGAGUCUGAUGCCCCUGCGACAGAGGAUGGUGGACCCCGGUCAGACGUUCAGCUCUCAGAGGGACAUCAUGAACCUCUCCGACUCUGACUCGCUCUCUCCCGGCGAAUCACGAGGCUCGUACGGCUCCAAGCCCUUCCUCCUCUCGUCCAGGCUCCACCCCUCGCAGUUUCAGGGCUCUGGGCUCGGAAGCCUGGAGAAGAGCUCCAGCCUCGGGGAGCUGAGGGGCGGCCUCGUUCCCGGACCCGCCGCCCCCUCGAGCUCCACCCGCUCCCUCUGCAUCGCCGCCGACGCCGACGCCGGUUCGGCCGUCUUCUCGGCCGCCGGAACGAGCCCCGUGGACGAGGACGCAGGAGACGAGAGCGAGUCGUCCGUCAGCCGGAGGAGAAACGCUUUCAAUAAGAUCUUUAAGAAGAAGCAGGGACGCCACUGAACACGCACACCUGCUUUUAUCCGCUACUGAAACCAAACCCUCGCCAACGGGCAACGGCGGCCGCUUUAUACUCUUCUGGCAAUUAAUCAUUUUUCUCUCUCUCUGUUAAACUUGAGAAGAUCCAAUUUGGCUUAACGAGGCAGAAAAGUACGACACCCACUUCCUUCCAGACCUGAGGACGUUAACUCCCACUUCCUCCCAGACCUGAGGACGUUAACUCCCACUUCCUCCCAGACGUGAGGAUGUUAACACCCACUUCCUCCCAGACCUGAGGACGUUAACACCCACUUCCUCCCAGACCUGAGGACGUUAACUCCCACUUCCUCCCAGACGUGAGGACGUUAACUCCCACUUCCUCCCAGACCUGAGGACGUUAACUCCCACUUCCUUCCAGACCUGAGGACGUUAACUCCCACUUCCUCCCAGACCUGAGGACGUUAACUCCCACUUCCUCCCAGACGUGAGGAUGUUAACACCCACUUCCUCCCAGACCUGAGGACGUUAACACCCA